AGUGAUAUCAAAACUCAAUUAUUAAACAGUUGUAGAUAAAAUGCUCAAGCUUUGUUUUGUGGUUGUUAUUGUUGGAAGUUUUCUGCAAAGUUUAGAAGCAACCUUUUGUGACAAUGUCAUAUUUAAUAAUGGAGAAAUAACUGAAUCAAAGAAGUCUCCAUAUCCUGUGGGAACCGUCCUUACUUUCGAAUGUGACAUUGGAUACAAAGGCGUUGGAACCAAUCAGAUAAACUGUUUAAGUAAUGGAAAAUGGUCAGAUCCUGUUCCUUACUGUCAAGAUUCUUAUGCCUUCACUUGAAAUUCGUUCAGCCGUGAUACCGAAUUAGAGGUUUUUGUUCAUAAUUAUAAGAUUCAAUACCAGCUGUCAUUCUAUUAUACAAACCACCACCCGUAAUUU